AUGAAGACCAAGAACCGGCCCCCGCGGCGCCAGGCGCCGCUCCAGGACGCAGAGGCCACCACGGGAGAGCGGACGCCGAGCAGGCCCCCGCCGGGCUCGGGGCCAGAGCUCGGGGCCAGGGGUCUGCGGAGCAGGACGGCCCGGGCGGCGGGGGCGCGGGGGGCCGAGGGCGGGCGCAGGCGGCCGGGGCCGGGCGGCCGGCGGGAGAGCAGCGUCCAGCGGCGGCUGGAGAGCAACGAGCGCGAGCGGCAGCGCAUGCACAAGCUCAACAACGCCUUCCAGGCGCUGCGCGAGGUCAUCCCGCACGUGCGCGCCGACAAGAAGCUCUCCAAGAUCGAGACGCUCACGCUGGCCAAGAACUACAUCAAGUCGCUGACCGCCGCCAUCCUGACCAUGUCCAGCGGCCGCCUCCCGGGCCUGGAGGGGCCGGACCCCUCGCCGGGCCCCAAGCUCUACCAGCACUACCAGCAGCAGCAGCAGCAGGCGGCCGGGGGCGCGCUGGGGGCCACCGAGGCCCAGCCCGAGGGCCACCUGCAGAGGUACUCCACGCAGAUCCACAGCUUCCGCGAGGGCACCUAG